CACACACACACACACACACACAUACACACAUACACUCAGGGUUGAAGUCGCCGCUGCAUCCGCCUCCAUCCAGGCUCCCUCCGGCCCCAUGGCGGCCUUCAGCAAGUACCUGACGGCGCGGAACUCCUCGCUGGCGGGGGCCGCCUUCUUGCUGCUCUGCCUGCUCCACAAGCGGCGGCGCCGAGCCCUCGGCCUGCAGGGUAAGAAAAGUGGAAAACAGCUACAACAGAAUGAGAAAGAAGGUAAGAAAGAGCGUGCUAUGGUGGACAAGGUUUUUUUGUCAAGGCUGGCACGGAUCCUGAAAAUCAUGGUCCCAAGAACAUUUUGUAAGGAGACAGGUUACUUGAUUCUUAUUGCUGCUAUGCUAGUUUCUCGAACAUAUUGUGAUGUGUGGAUGAUUCAAAAUGGAACACUCAUUGAAAGUGGUAUCAUUGGUCGUAGCAGGAAAGAUUUCAAGAAAUAUUUAUUCAACUUCAUUGCUGCCAUGCCUCUCAUCUCUCUGGUUAAUAACUUCUUGAAGUUUGGGUUAAAUGAGCUCAAACUAUGCUUUCGAGUAAGACUGACUAAAUACCUCUAUGAGGAGUAUCUCCAAGCUUUUACCUAUUAUAAAAUGGGAAAUCUGGACAAUAGAAUAGCUAAUCCAGAUCAGCUGCUUACACAAGAUGUAGAAAAAUUUUGUAACAGUGUUGUUGAUCUAUACUCAAACCUUAGUAAGCCAUUUUUAGACAUUGCUUUGUAUAUCUUCAAAUUAACAAGUGCAAUAGGAGCUCAGGGCCCAACAAGUAUGAUGGCAUAUUUGGUAAUAUCUGGGUUAUUUCUGACUCGACUUAGAAGACCUAUUGGUAAAAUGACAAUAACUGAGCAGAAGUAUGAAGGAGAAUAUAGAUAUGUCAAUUCCCGGCUCAUCACAAAUAGUGAAGAAAUUGCUUUUUACAAUGGGAAUAAAAGAGAAAAACUGACUAUCCACUCAGUCUUCAGAAAACUGGUGGAGCACCUACAUAAUUUCAUUUUGUUUCGGUUCUCUAUGGGCUUCGUUGACAGCAUAAUCGCCAAAUAUUUUGCCACUGUUGUUGGUUAUCUCGUUGUCAGUCGUCCUUUCCUAGAUCUGUCUCAUCCUCGCCAUCUCAAGAGUACGCAUGCAGAACUUCUGGAGGAUUACUACCAAAGUGGGAGAAUGCUUUUGCGAAUGUCUCAAGCUUUGGGUCGAAUAGUUUUGGCUGGCCGAGAAAUGACUAGAUUGGCUGGCUUCACUGCUAGGAUUACAGAAUUAAUGCAAGUACUGAAGGAUUUAAAUCAUGGCAAAUAUGAACGCACAAUGGUUUCACAACAUGAAAAAGGUAUUGAAGACCCACAGAGUAUUCCCUUGAAACCUGGUGCUGGAGAAAUCAUUAAUACAGAUAACAUCAUAAAGUUUGAUCAUGUUCCUUUAGCAACACCAAAUGGGGAUGUCUUGAUCCGGGACCUUAAUUUUGAAGUUCGAUCUGGGGCCAAUGUUUUAAUUUGUGGUCCAAAUGGCUGUGGGAAGAGCUCACUUUUCCGUGUUCUUGGUGAAUUAUGGCCUCUUUUUGGAGGACGUCUGACUAAACCAGAGAGAGGGAAGUUAUUUUAUGUUCCUCAGAGACCUUAUAUGACACUGGGGACGCUUCGAGACCAAGUGAUAUAUCCAGAUGGAAGAGAAGAUCAGAAAAAGAAGGGGAUAUCUGAUCUAGUUCUGAAGGAAUACUUAGACAAUGUCCAAUUGGGCCAUAUUCUUGAACGCGAAGGAGGCUGGGAUAGUGUUCAAGAUUGGAUGGAUGUCCUCAGUGGUGGAGAGAAACAAAGAAUGGCAAUGGCAAGAUUAUUUUAUCAUAAACCUCAGUUUGCUAUUCUGGAUGAAUGUACGAGUGCCGUGAGUGUGGAUGUGGAAGGCUACAUUUACGAUCAUUGUCGAAAGGUUGGCAUUACCCUCUUCACUGUGUCACAUAGAAAGUCUCUUUGGAAACACCAUGAGUAUUACCUGCAUAUGGAUGGUAGAGGCAACUACGAAUUCAAACAGAUAACAGAAGACACAGUUGAGUUUGGCUCUUAGAAUCCAAAACAAUCGUAUCUGCUUCAAUGAAAUAAUAUACUUAUAAAUUAUAGCGUUCAUUGUAAAAUGAAGUUGAACUUUUUUUUU